UAAUUCCUCCCGCCAAACAGCUCCACUGCAAUCCACCUCCAUCCUUCGACUUGGAGUGAAAAAGGGUCACUAAAAACGAUGGCUCUCACAGGCCGCCUGAUGAAGUCUCCGUGUAUUACUCUAUCAUCGUCAGCCACCACACUUCACGAUAUCGCUUCAAACUUCCACAAAGGUGUUGCCAAGGUUGUUCUGAAAAAGGGGAAGACACAACUCUUUAGGGAAGGAAGUCCAAUGGUGUAUAGUGGGGCAAUUGAUAGAAUAAUUGGUAGGCCACCACCUAAGACCGGGGAUGUUGUGCUGGUAGCUGACGGGAUGGAGAAACCAAUUGGUUGGGGCUUAUACAAUUCAGUUUCUAUGUUCUGUGUUCGGCUUAUGCAACUAGAAGAGGAAGCAGCAGGAGAUCCAUCUUGUGCGUUGAAUGUGGAGAAACUUCUUGAAACAAGAAUCCAUGCAGCUGUCCAGCUACGCAAGAGUUUGGGUCUCCCCUCUGCCAAUACAAAUGCAUACCGUCUUGUCAAUAGUGAAGGUGAUAGGUUGUCAGGCCUUAUUAUUGAUAUCUUUGGAGAUAUAGCUGUAAUAGCAUCAUCUGCUGCUUGGGUUGAGAAGUACAAGUCACAGAUAAAAUCUUGUAUUCAUAGAUUAGAUGGGAUCAGAUAUAUAAGCUGGAGACCAUCUAUUGAGAUCCUAAAAGAAGAAGGACUAGAUUUAUCAGAUCCAAAGGAUAUAGAUCCAUCUACUCCUCUUGAAAGGACAAAGGUUAUGGAAAAUGGGGUCACUUAUUCAAUCUCAUUGGAGGGCCAAAAGACAGGAUUUUAUAUUGAUCAGCGUGAAAAUCGUCAAUUCAUAUCUAAAAUAUCAGAUGGUCAGAGAGUUCUUGAUGUAUGUUGUUAUACUGGCGGUUUUGCUCUAAACGCAGCACAUGGUGGUGCUAUGAAUGUCACUGGUGUUGAUACAUCUUUGCCUGCUUUGGAGCUUGCCAACAGAAAUAUUAUUCUGAACAACCUGGAUCCGGAGAGAGUAUCUUUUUUAAGACGUGAUGCGUCUGAUUUUAUGAAGGAUGCUGCUUCUAGGAAUGAAUCAUGGGAUAUAGUUAUUCUGGAUCCCCCUAAACUAGCACCUCGAAGAAAGGUUCUGAAAAGUGCAUCUGGCAUGUACAGAAAUUUAAACUCGUUGGCCAUGCGAUUAACAAAGAAGGGUGGUCUUCUCAUGACUUGCUCAUGCUCAGGAGCUAUGACCCAAAGUGGGAUGCUCUUGCGUAUUCUUCAGGAUGCUGCAUCAACAGCGGGUAGGAAAGUUACAGUUCUACGUCAGGCUGGAGCAGCUUGUGAUCAUCCUAUUGACCCUUCCUAUCCCGAGGGAGCCUAUCUUUCCAACAUCUUGCUUAGAGUAUUAUAAAACUCCAAUCGUCCACAUUCUUUUUCUUUGGUUUUUCAUCUACCUCGAGAACCCAGACGACUGGAUUCCUUCCUUUGUUCCAAAAUGAGAUUUUAGGAGAGGAAAACUAAAGAUUUCUACUGAUUGAAGAUUCUCGUCUGUUGAGGAAGAAAGAAAGAGUGUUAGAUGGGAUUUAUCACUUUUACCUUCUUUAGCACUGAAUUUGUAUCUGUCAGAUACAAUCUGUUCUGCAUCCUUCUCUUUGAACUGCUGGGGAGCAAAGCUAUCUCCAGACUUUCGUCUAGAGAUUCAAUUAUAGUUUUUGGUCAAAUGGACCGGACUCGGAACAAGUUGAGAACAAAGCUCGUUUGAAGUUGCUGACCUUUGCCAAUAGGUGAUUGCGAGAUUCUGAGGAUUUUGCUGGACUAAGUGGGGAAGAUUGUCACCUCCUGCAAACUUGGCUAGAGAUUGUCUUUCAUUUUUCAUUACUACUGGAUGCAGAAGUUUAUCAAGAGUCCUAUGUUGCCUAGAGUUGUAUAAGAUUAUAGUGAAUAUUUUUACAUAAUACAUGUAUUACCUUUAUAUUUCUAAUUGAGUUGGGAAUAUCGGAAUGUUUUUGACCGUUGGAUUGAUGGCA